AUGGGAGGCAAAAGCAGCACUCCGUGCGACUCCGGAGGAUAUGCACACUGCGAAAGAGUUGAACACGCCGAGUCUUGUCAAUCAGGCGACGGGUUCUGGUGUACUUGCCAGAAGGGCUUCAGCCCUCAGGGUAUAAACCAGAGCUCUACGUGUGUUGAUAUAGACGAGUGCGCUCAAGGCCUGGACAACUGCAAGCAGAAGGGGGGGGACUGUGUGAACACUCCUGGUAGUUUUACUUGUGGGUGUGGCCCCUACCGCAACGAAAAAGAUGGAAUAUGCGUUGAUAUAAACGAAUGCGCAACAAACAGGGGAAACUGUGAUGAAAAUAGCGACUGCAUCAACCUCGAUGGAGCCGAGCAGCUGUGCAAAUGCCACAAAGGCUGGACGGGCAACGGAGACAAACCCGGAGUUGCAUGCAGAGACAUCAAUGAGUGCAACGAGAACCCAGCCAUUUGCCCAUCGAAUUCCAUCUGCACAAACCUAGCGGGUUCAUAUAAAUGCGAAUGCGGACCGGGGUUUGAACCCGACUCUUCUGGAAGUGGCUGCGUGACUGAGGACUUCUGCGGCACGGGGAAGAAUGACUGCGAUACCGUCUUCGCCGCUUGUUCGUUGGUGCCCGGUUCGUUCAAGUGUGAAUGCAUACAGGGGUUCCGCGGAGUUGGAACAGUCAACACAUGCGAGCCACUGGCGGGGAACGAGGAUCUUGCUUGCAAGGCAUUGGGUCUGACUUGCGGCAAUUACAAAUACUGCACAAAGAGCACAACCCAGGCAGGAAUAUGGGAGUGCGCAGACAAAGCGUCUUCUGAACAACUCGCCGUCUUUCUUACCAAUGGUUCAACAAGCGAUACGCCUUCUUGGAUUUGGGCGGUCGUUGUCUUGUCCACCAUUGUGCUCAUACUGAUAUCUGGAGGCACUUUGUGGUGUUUGUACAAACGGUUUAUAAGGAAAAGCGAGGAGAACGAGGAAGACCUACUCGCUGAACAAGAUAUCGGGGAAGGUUACAACUACGGUGCUACACAAGGCUAUUACGCUUGA